AUGACUUUGUAUCCGUCGAUUUCGAUGGCGCAAGGCUUAAAAUUCAACUGCUGUGAUCGAUUCCCAGCCGUCCACGUGGCAUGCCAAAUCGCCGUUAAGUUAUUGGUCCUCCUGGCGGUGUGCCCUUCAAGAUCGAGCGCGCUGCGACUAGGAGGGGCAGCGGCGAGCGAACCACGUCUCGCCACGUUGGUUCUUCUUCCGGAGAAUAAAUACGGAGCGCGUUGCCUGGAUGGGAGUCCGCCGGGGUAUUACUUCCGGGCGGCACCUGGGGAGCGCGUCACCUCGUGGCACAUCCACUUUCCGGGCGGCGGGUGGUGCGCCACCAAGGGCCAGUGCGGCUGGCGGUCCGGGCGGCUGCUGGGCGGCACCACCAGGUGGCCGCCGACCAAUAACGCCUCGUGGGCGCAGGGCAGGUUUGGGGGCAUUCUGAGCAGCAACGAGGCGAUGAACCCGUUCUUUGCGGGGUGGCAUCUGGCGAUGCCAGUCUACUGCGAUGGGGGUGGCUAUGCGGGAGCAGCCGGGCGCGUGGCCGUGGGGGAGGGGCGUUUCGUGUACAUGGAUGGGAGCAAGAUCGUUAGUGCUAUCAUGGAUGACCUGCUGGAAAACCGAGCAAUUGCAAGGGCGACGACAGUGCUGGUGUCGGGGACGUCAGCGGGGGGGCUGGCAGUGAUGCGCCUCUGUGACUCGCUCGCUGCUCUGCUGCCCCACGCCACCGUCAAAUGCCUCCUCGACGGCUCCUUCUUCCCCGACGCCCCGGACCGCACGGGGCGAAUGCACUUCCAGAGCCUGGCCCAGCAUGUCUCAGCGCUGCACCAAUUCUCCCCGCAGUCCCGCUGCGAUCAAGUGACUUCUGUGUCUGAGCGGUGGCGAUGCUUCUUUCCCCAAUACGCCCUUCCCUUCGCCACUUCUCCCUUCUUUAUUGUCAACCCUACCUUCGAUAGAGUCUCAUUGCUGAUUGUGUGGCUUAUUGCACACAGCACAGUAACUUCACGGUUGUGGAGUGCAGUGAAGGUUGAUAGGACCCCGAUGAAUGUGGCUGUAGCUCAAUGGGUGACCUGGGGGAGUACUGAUCCACCAAUGCUUUACGCUUGA